GUUAUCGGCGGCAGUGAAAAACUUCAGUGGAUCGGGGAUACAGUAUCUGUAAACCCUAAUUACCAAGGCCGGGCUGAGUUAUCUCUCCCCGACGUGUCUCUUCGGCUGAAAUCAGUGACAGUGACCGACAGUGGAAAUUACACUGUGAGUUUGACCUCAGUCUCUGGCGAUUCAAAAUCAGCGACAGUCACCCUGAAGGUGAAGGAAAAAAUCACCAGCGUCACCGUAACACAGAACAUUCCCAACCCGAUAGAAUACACUGACACUGUGACACUGACAUGUGAUGUUAAAGGCACUGUUGAGUCACGGUUGUGGUUUAAGGAUGAGAGAGCUCUCCACAGCAAUGACAGGAUCACAAUCUCCCAGGAUAAUGCCACCCUGACCAUCAUCAGUGUGACUAGAAAUGAUGGUGGAACGUAUCGGUGUGAGGCAAAGAACAGCUUUAGCUCUGUGUCCGGCAGCCACACACUGAGCAUUGCGUAUUCUGUUGGUGCUCAGGAUCAGAGCGCCACCAUCGCAGCCAUCACUCUCGGGGUUAUAUUGUUUGUGAUCAUCAUUCUCCUGAUUGCUGUUGUCUAUAGAAAGCGUAGGCAUUCUGCUGGAGAUCCCGGAAUCUCUUCAACACGCAAUGAGGCACGAACAAUCUACCAGAAUGAGUCCAGCCAUAUGGGGAACCAGGAUAAUGAGGUCCCAGAUCGUCCAUAUGAGAGUAUAGGACCACAAUCUUCAGAGGACAGCAACCUGACAGGUAUGUUUGAGGAAUAUUCUCCAGAACUCACUGAAGAGAGAAAGUGGUGUAUAAUUGUUGGUCAAAGCCAAGAUUCACAGACAGAAAUUCCGUCUUUUGUAACAAAAGUGUCUAUUGAUUCAAGUCAACAUCCAUUUCCCAAAGCAAAUAGCAUCUCCAUUCAACCCAACACAAAGCACAGCUCUCUGUGUGUUACGGAUGUCUGGUUCAGCUUUGCUCUGUGUGAGAUAAACCACUUUGCUGCUCCCAACGUGUAUGAGAACAGGAACAAUGUGCAAAGAGCAAAGAACAAAGUGAGUAAAACAAUUGUUGGAGAGCAUUAA